UAAGUAACAUUUUAACGAAUCGUUUAUUUCGAAAGAACAACCGGAAAUCCUUGUUGUGUUUCUGUGUAGUUUGACAGCAGCCGGUUUACCUGGACGGACGGCUCGGUCUGUGGCAACGGAGCUUAACAACACUAGUCACGAAUGUGUCAAGACUCCUGCUGGAUAGUCGUAAUAGAGGAUUAGCUUGUUUUCUCCACGGAAUGACGACAUCUGCGGCGUCCAGCUGCCUCAAACACGGGUGUCGGUGAUGCUGUCGGUCGCUGGCCAGAUGCCCGGUUGUCCGAAUUGGGACAGAGCAACCAAAACUACAUUAUAAAUCAUGAAAAACUGCGAGUAUCAGCAAAUCGACCCGCAGGCACUUCCGACACCAACCCCGACCCCUCCUCCACCUCAUCAUCAUCAACAUCAUCAUCAUCAUCAUCAUGGACACGACAGUGACAAGAGAGAGGAGCCGAAAAGACCGAGGAGAAAGUGGGAAGUUUUCCCCGGAAAGAACCGCUUCUACUGCGGCGGACGGAUCAUAGUGGCCCGGCAGAGUGGGGUCCUGCCCCUCACUCUGGGCCUUAUCCUCGUCACAAGUGGAUUAUUCUUUAUAUUUGACUGUCCCUUCCUGGUCAAACACCUGACCAGCUGCAUACCUGUUAUUGGAGGAGUCCUCUUUAUAUUUGUGGUCAUCACCCUGUUCCAGACCAGCUUCACCGACCCCGGCAUCCUACCCAGAGCGACGCCAGAUGAGGCGGCAGACAUUGAAAAGCAGAUUGAGAACACUGGAAGCACCAGCUACCGGCCUCCACCGCGCACCAAAGAAGUCCUCAUCAACCAGCAGGUGGUCAAGCUCAAGUACUGCUUCACCUGCAAGAUGUUCCGGCCUCCGCGCACCUCCCACUGCAGCCUGUGUGACAACUGUGUGGAGCGAUUCGACCAUCACUGUCCUUGGGUUGGGAACUGUGUGGGGAAACGCAACUACCGCUUCUUCUACACCUUCAUCGUUUCGCUCUCCUUCCUUACGGCGUUCAUCUUCGGCUGUGUGACCACACAUCUCGCACUGAGGGCUCAAGGUGGAAAAGGCCUCGUGUUUGCCCUACAAGAGAGUCCAGGCAGUGCAGUGGAGCUCGUGAUAUGUUUCUUCUCAGUCUGGUCCAUCUUGGGCCUCUCAGGCUUCCAUACAUACCUGGUUGCUUCCAACCUGACCACUAAUGAAGACAUUAAAGGCUCCUGGUCAGGGAAGAGUGGAGCAGAAUAUGUCACCAACCCAUACAGUCAUAAAAACAUCUUUAUCAACUGCUGCUCUGUGCUCUGUGGACCCAUGCCACCCAGUUUGAUCGACAGACGAGGUUUCCUGCCUGCAGACGAAUCCGCCCAGACCAGCGGAGCCGACAUCGAGCUGCCCACCCUGGCCACUAAAAACGAGAUAAACGUGGUAGGAGGGUCUUCCCAGCUGGCUUUUGGCUUGCAGGAAUCCCCCUUUCCUGUACCUGCAUCCCCCAACUCCCACAGAAACUCUUCCUGUGCCUGACAGAAGCCUUGUUGCCUGCUGUAGCCUCAAGCCAGUAUUUGUCUGCUGCCUGUUGUUGACUUGUGUACGGGUUAAUCCCUCCAUAUACCGCAUUUACUCUACAGUGAGAGGUUUACUUAUUAGUAUUCAAUAUGUGUUAAAAGGAACCCAUUUAACUUUUACUGAACAGUGGCUGCUGUGGCUGAGCCUUAUGGCAUAAUGCUAAAUGAUAAAAUAGCAAAAAGUCAUCAAACUGACUCAGUAAUGUCGGUCCCACAGAAAUAUCUAUGCUAACAGAAGUUAACAUUAGCUCUGAUAAGCUAAUGUUCAUACGAUACAAUGUGGCAGCAAAUCCCUUUAAUGCAUUGAAUUGAGCAACAGUAUGUAUCGCUUAAGACUAUUAUAAGAGUAUGAUUGUGUUAUAUCUUCCAAAAGUUACAAUCAUGCUUCAAGUACAGUCAGAGUUGGAGACAGGAUACAGUAGGUUUAGCCUAGCUUAGUGUGAAAACUGGAAACAGGGAAACAGCUAGCUUGGCUCUCUCCAAAGUGAAAAAAUCCACCUAUCAACACCUCAGAAGCUCACAAGUUAACAUGUAAUAUCUCAUUUGAUGAUCUUUUACAAAAGAUACAUGUAAAAAUAAUAGUUUGUGAUUUUAUGUUAACGUGCAGCUCAAAAAAUAACUCCGACAUGUAAUUCCCUAAAAUCAAAACUUGCAAUUUGUAUGUUUCUAUUUAUAUAUGAGUUAAAUAAGAUACAAUGUGAAAAUAAGACACACUUAGAGGUGUUGGUAGGCAAUAUUCACAUUUUGGACAGAUCCAAUCCAGUUUCUUGAGUCUUUAUGCUAAGCUAGGCUAACCACAUUCUGACUCUAGCUCUGUUCUUAACACACAGACAUGAAAUUGAUAUUGAUCUUCUCAUCUCUUUCCUGGGAAUACAGGCUUUUUUGUCACAUUGUGUGUUGAACUAUUCCCUUAAGAAUUAUAAUUUGUGGUGUGACUGGUUGCUGCUGCGGGCAGUUCAUGGACUUCUGAACAGCAAACUCAUUGUUUACCUUAUAAACUAACAUAUCAGGAUUUACUGCCUCCAGAAUGAGAAACAGCAAUCCUUUUAUCACUAUAUAUAAAUGCUGUCUAUUUUUACCUUUUCUAUCACAGUCUACACCUCAGUAUUUUGUUCCUGUGCAGUAUGUGGACUCAGGGUGUUCUUAUGAGGAAGGAAGAGAGUACGAGUUGUUAGAAGUGAAGACUCCUUCUCAGAGAGCGGCUCUCUUGUGUUUUACCUGACACUAAGGGAUAGAAAAGAAUGCCUGGAGAGCUGUACAGCAAUUUUUGUUUACAAGACAUAACUGCGGCACAGAUAGCGUUGCAGUCUGAGCCACAGUAGUCUCAUAUCAAGCAAGAGAGCAGCUGCUGUUUGGCAUUUAGGCUGACAAACAGCUUUUUUUUGUUUAUGCCAAAAGAACAAGACAGCAGUAAAAUCUUUUUUUAUUUGUGUGUACAGAAUGAACUGAAAGCCAAUAGAAGCUGGGCCUUUUAGUCUUAAAUUUAUUUAAUUGUUGAGUUGGGUUUGGCGAGUGUGUGAAAAUAGUCUUCUGAAUUCAGUCGGCACGCUGGUGAAGCUGUGAGUGAAGCUUUUAUUUGUGCCAGCAGAUCCUCCUUUUGUAUUCUGUGUCGCUUCACCUUCCCCUGUCUCGUGUGAACAGUAAUGUUGGUUUGCAUUUAAAAGGUCAAAGUGCCAAUCAGCAUCAUUUCUCAUUUGUGUUCCCCUUCAUGCUUUAUUUCAUGUUUUUUUUUGUUUUGUUUGAUUUGUCCAUCCUGUUUUUAUACAUAUUUCUAUUUUGUCAGUAUCUAAGAUGUAUCAUAUAUUAAAAAGUAAAAAUUUAAUAAAACAUGCAUCUUG